AUGAGUAAAUACAAUAGAUUUAAAGAAUUAUAUUUAUCGGAAAACAAUGUUAUUGAUAAAGAUGAGAUUAGUAUAAAUGAUCAAACGUACUUGAAAAAGCUUGAGAAGGAUAUUAGUCUCAUAAAGGGAUAUAAGAUACAGGUAAACAAUGGUGUUGAAAGUUUGAAGGGUCAAAUCAUUGAAGAACACAAUACAAAAAAGAGAAUAAUUGCUUUAUAUCAGACUCUAGGAAUCAUACCGUAUAUGCCCGGGAAAGAUGAAGUGAUACCAAUUGCAUAUACUUCGCAACAUUUGAACAAUAGAGUUAAGGUUAUGGAAAAGGUAUUAAGUGAUAAGACAACAUACAUAAAUGAAGAGCAAGUCAAAAGGCAAUCAUCAAAUAAGGUGUUAUAUGAACAAAUAAUUGACAUGAUAAACAAAAUAAACAAUAGAGUAGAGAAUAAAUUUGAUGUGAUACAAUCAAAGGUGGAUGAAAUUGAUCGUAGUCAAGAAUUCAAUAUAAAUGAAGUCAAAGACAAUGUUGAAGGAAUGAAAAAAGAAGCAGAUGAAAUCAAUAAAGCAAUUAAUUCUCACUUGAAGAGAAUACUUACCAAACAGAUUGCUUUAGCAAACAUCGAAAAUAAUGAAACAAUGGAUCAAUUAGAAUUGAAAGAACAACUUAAAGAGUCUGUUCAGUUAAUAAAGAAGUUAAUAUCUUCUGAACCUUCUAACUGGGUUGAAGUUAAUUCUACUAGCAACAUGCUGUUAUUAAAAGUAUUAACAUUAAAUAAUUUAUUAAGUGCAAGGAGUGAUUCAACUUCAGACAGAUAUUUGGUUAAAUUGCGAAACUUUAAUGUAAUUGACCCUAACUGA